AUGUCCGGCACCACUCCACAACGGACUUCAUUGCGGCAGGGUCUGCGCCAGGCCCCCAAGGUGAAUCAACCUUUCAUCCCCGACACCACUCCUGCUCGCCGAUCGCACCAUCAAAGCUUCACCUCACCACAGCCUCAACACAUCCCGCCCAUGAACCACAACCCUGCUGCCAACCCGAAUAGUGCACACUUUGCGGUUGAGAGUUGGGAAGGAAGGAAUCAGCCCCAAUUGCCUAUGUCGACCAGGGAGGUGCCGACUCCUGGAAACCGACCGGCUCUGUUUGCUCAUGACCGAUCAAAGCUAGCAAAGCAGCCCGAUUUCUACGACCCGUACUUCCCACUCAAGUAUCUCGAAAUACCCCGGAACGAUCACAUCUACAAACGCGCCCACUAUGGACUCCAAUCCGGCAUCCCCGAUGAAGUUGAUUUCGCGUUAUAUCACCUUGUUCAGAUAUCAAACCAAAGAUGGGACAAGUUCAAAUUCGAAGGAUUCCCUUUGCUUGCCGAGACUCUGAUGCAAAAAGCCCUGGAAAUUACCCACCUAUGCACUGGGGUUCGUUGGGAGUUUGAGUACGAUCCUCGACGGCUAACUGACCGCGUGAAUGUACUCAACUCACUCCACGGCACACGUGACUUACUCGACAAACUCCGGAAAAUCCCAGUGAACUUGCCCACCGAUAGUCUCGAAACAGAGGAAUUCAACCAUGCCCUGCGUAAUAUCAAGGAGGCCACACUGGUCGUGAGGAAUAUGGUUCUUUUAAGGGAAAAUGCCUUCUACGUCUCUCAAUAUGCCAGCGGCCUUCUUCGUGACUUCCUGGUCAUUCUCAUCAAUGUGCCCAACCAGCCCCGUCUGAAUGAGCUCAAGAAUGAUGCAUUGGAUAUCGCAGAGGAGGUGACGAAGUACAUGAGAACGGAUGCCGAAGAUCCAUUCUGGAUUUCGCUGGUCAAUUGCAUCGAUUCGCCAGAUCGAUCCCACGUCAUGAAAGCCUUAUGGGCACUGACGCACUUUUCUACCGAGCUGAAUGUUGGAGAUGGCAACCGAGCUAUGGAGAGUCUGUCCAAACCUACACUCCAGCAGAUGUAUUAUCAUACGCUCCUAGAUCUGGACAAAGAUAUUCUCAGUGGCGCACUGGAUUUCUGGUAUCAAUACACACUGAAUCCUGACAACAUUGAGACUCUCAUGGAUGUUAUCAACUUCCCUAUUGUCUUCGUACCACGCAUGAUCGCAUUACUCACAUAUGAAGGGCGGCCGACAAAGAGGGAAACUGUCCUCCAGGAGGAAAAGGUCGCUCCUCCUCCAGCAGACAUUCCGCGCGACCAAGAGUGCGAAAUCACCCAGAUUGCUCUGUGGCAGGCCUACCAGAGCCGUUUUGCGGAUUCCCGUGUUCCCGGGGGUGGCGUGCUUCCUGCCGCUGAAUUCAUCAAGAAUGUUAGCAAUACUUUUACCAAUGCACAAGCGCAGGUGAUCAAUGGCCCAGGAACUGCUACCAAGUUCAUCAUCAAAGGGAUUCGCCCCUUGGAGACUGCAUACACCUUCGACGGGUUCCCUUACUUGUACUGCAAAUGGGCCGACAAUUCGAAGCCCGCAGGGAUGUGUCUCCGUGCAUUCGGAUCCCCUCAAGACCUCAAGGCCCACGUUUUCGCUGACCACAUGCAUCUCGAGCCCGAAGGAGAAGAUGCGCCGGGCAAAUUCAAACUCGAGACAGCAGAAACCCCCAUCCAUACCUGCCAAUGGGACAAUUGUCCUCGCUUCCGGGCAUCAGAACCCAGCGCGAACACUGCGAUGGUCGCGGGCCAUGUUUCAUCUCACCUGCCUGAAGAUCGCCCCGCAAAUGCAGCACCGCCGAGUACCAAGCGUGCAGUUCUGCAGGAGCGAAUUGUCCGCAAAUGGUACUACAUGGAUACGCCUAUGAACGAGAAGUCAGAGCCUAUCGGCGUGGCGUACAAAGCGGCGCUGGUCCUGCGCAACAUUGCUCGUGGUCUCCCCAACCGUGUCGCCACCAAACACGGCGGUUUAUCCUGGAAGAAGACCUGCUUUGUGAGCCAGCGGCCCAAGAUCGUCGAAGUCUGGGAUCGAAACCGGGCUCUACGCAAAGAACUAACCGAGUUGAUUAUGGUCAUGGAGAAAGACGAUGAUAUCUGA